UAUGCUGCCGACCUGACUGUAACCAGCGACUGACAUGACAACACACACACACAUACACACACACACACACACACACACACACACACAAACACACACACAGACACACACACACACACACACACACACACACACACACAAACACACACAUAGACGAAGAAAAUAAAGCAUUUUAUUUUGUGAAGAGAGAUGAAGGCUUGAGGAAGGCUCUGGAAGAAGCUGACAUGAAAAGACGCACCAGGCGACUGAAUUGAGGCCUGAGAGGUGUUUGGAAGACCUGGGAUCAUUUUGUCCAACAUGUCCUUCUUCGUCACUCUUUUAAAUUAGUAUAUUAAAAUAAGAGUUAAUGCUCUAAAUGAAGAAGAAGAAGCAUGGCAACAUUUGAGUGUCAUGCCCCGCAUCACUUAGUUUUAAUGAAAUGAACUGAACCUUUCAUUAACAAACACUUGGAGGAUAAAGAAGCCAGCCGUUAGCAGAUAUGACCAACAACGUGAGCUCCAGAAUCGACACCCCGACCAACAUCUCUCUGAGUUCCAGCGUCCCCGUCUCCGAGCUGCUGGAGUACAAGACCGUGUCAGUGUUCCUGGUCCUGCUGGUGUGCGGCGUGGGCAUCGUGGGCAACAUCAUGGUGGUCCUCGUGGUCCUCACCACGCGCCACAUGAGGACACCCACCAACUGUUACCUCGUCAGCCUGGCCAUAGCCGACCUGACGGUGCUGGUGGCGGCGGGGCUGCCCAACGUGUCGGACAGUCUGACGGGCACCUGGGUUUUCGGCCAUGCCGGCUGCCUGGGGAUCACCUACCUUCAGUACCUGGGCAUCAACGUAUCCUCCUGCUCCAUCACUGCCUUCACUGUGGAGAGGUACAUAGCGAUCUGCCAUCCAAUGAAGGCUAAGACAGUGUGCACAGUGUCCAGGGCCAAACGGAUCAUCGCUGGGGUUUGGAUCUUCACCUGUGUCUACUGCAUGCUGUGGUUCUUCCUGGUGGACAUUCAGGUCGGCCAGGACGGACAUGUGCAGUGCGGAUACAAAGUGAAACGGGAGCUCUACCUGCCCAUCUACCUCAUCGACUUCGCCAUUUUCUACGUCAUCCCGCUGCUCCUCGCCAUCGUGCUGUAUGGCCUGAUAGCACGAAUCCUCUACCUCAGCCCUCUGCCCAACCACCCUGACACCAGCGCCACCACGCUGCGGCGGAGUUGCCGGGAACCCUCUGAAGCAGGGAAGGGGGGUCGCCAGGGCCGGCCAAAGAGCGCGCUCUCCUCCAGGAAACAGGUGACGAAAAUGCUGGCAGUCGUGGUGAUCCUGUUCGCUCUACUGUGGAUGCCCUACCGGACUUUAGUUUUGAUUAACUCGUUCGUGUCCACUCCUUAUCUGGACGCCUGGUUCCUCCUGUUUUGUCGGACAUGCAUCUAUGCCAACAGCGCCAUAAACCCUGUGAUAUACAACGCCAUGUCUCAGAAGUUCCGCUGUGCGUUUCGCGGCCUUUACCGCUGCCAGCGGCCAGAGGCUCAUCAGAGAACACUGUCAACGAUCCAGAGCGGCUUCAGCACCGUGCGAGACCCCCGGACCUCCCAGGCCAACAGCAACGGAACCAAUGAGAAUGUAAGGAGGAGCAUCCUGAACACUGCCACUGAUCCGACUACAAAGCAGAAUGGGAGCAGCCAUCAGGAGAUAGUCAACGGCAAGAAAGCCGACCCUCCCGCUGACAUCAGUUUAGCUACCUUCAGCUUUGGUGUGGAUCCGGCUGAGACGCUGGCAACUGCUGAUGAGGACUUGGAUCGACCUUCCUCAAAUAAUACCACAGUAAAAUUUGCAGGCACACAUACAAUAAACGGACAACAGGAAAAAAUGUGAAUAAAAUAACAACAAUGAGCUGUGGAUUACUCAAGCAGAGAAUGAAAAGAGAGAAGAAACCUGUGACCUUCGUUUAUUUCCUGAUUCAGAGGUGUUAGAUUCUGCCGUGACCACUGAGGUCACAGGUAGAUGAAAGAUGAAGAGUAAGUGGUAUUAUUCACACUUUAUUUUUUGGCCACAAAAGAGAGGCUGCACAUGUUUCAUUUGAAAGUGUUUAUAGUGUGUGCAUUAUUAAACAUGUUUACCGUUCAAAAAAAACCGAAUUAAUUCCUAGAAUUUGUUUCACCUAAUGAAGGUCAGUUAUGAAAUCAAGGAUAAAUAUUGAAUAAAUUGCUUUAUAGAAGAUGACAUUUUAAUUUACCCUAUCCAAUAUCUCCAUUGACUUCCACUGAAAAUUGAUAUAACACACUUUUGUGUAUAAGAAGGAAGAGAUCUUUUGAAUGAAUGAGUUAAUAUAGUCAUAUAUAGUCAACUGAGUAACAACAGCUUCAAGAAGCACUUUCUUUUUCUCUAGUUCAAUAACAAGCACAGACUCAAACAUGAGCAAAAAGUCAAUAUAAUUCAUUUUACAAGAUUUUGUAUUUCGCUCAACAGUGUUAAAGGUCAGACAGGGGAACUAUAUUGUACCCUGUAUAUUUUCACAUUUAUCUUUCAUUUGAAAAUCUACAAUAUACAGUGAUCAGAGGCUCACCGUCAGGAGAGGCAAACUAGGCAAAUGCUUGAGGCCCCCCUAAGUGGAAAAGGGAACCCCUCAUGUUGGCACAUUUUACAAUGACAACUAUAAACUCCCUUAAACCUCCUAUACACUGCAUUGCUGUUGCCCCAACACCACCCUCAGUGGGCCCCUGAUGAUGUGUGCUGUAGCUAGUGUCAAUACAUUACCUGAAUGUGAGGCGUUGAGGGAACAUCUGCAAAUUGUAGUGUCUAUCAAAAGUCUGCACUUGAGUUGUUUAGGAGACAUCUGUAAAUUCUAAAUUCUGCCAAUAGUCUGUAUGGCAAGGGUGGGGUUCAUCAUCAUUAUCAUCAUCACUAUAACCAUUACAUCAGUCUUAUCGUCAUGUUUAAUAUCAUUAAUACCAAAAACAUCAGUAAUCAGAGUCAUUAUUUAGUAGUACACACCGAUCAUGUUUUCACAUUCCUGUACAUAGUCUCAUAAACAGUCCAAGGCGUCGCUGCUGAUUUAACCUGCAACCUCCUGUUGACACGCAGCUAGUCAUCUUUAAUGGUGUGGAGGUCAUGGAGACAGACUGGUGUUUUCCUGUUUGUUUGCUCCUUUAUAUGAUUGAACCUGCGAUCUGUAAACUUUUGCUUGAUAUUUUCAGACUAAAAAAAGUAUUAGCUGUUUCACUAUGAACUGUAUCAUUGUCAGAAUGGUAAAACAUUAAAUGUAUUUAGAAAAUAUUGACAUUACAUUGGCCAGGAAUGUAAUUGUACUACGAGAGACCCAUCAGCUUAUAAACAUACCAAAGACAUCUUGUUGUGAGAUGGUUAUCCAUACAGUCACCCCUUGUUCUUACCGACAAGACAACAUGAGAGUGUUCAGUGUGUUAAGAGUAAAAUACUGUACAGUUUAUAACAGUGAAUUUUUCUGACAUUUCCAUUAAUGUGCUCUUCUCUGCUUAGCUAGCUGUGAGAGAACUCAUUAGCAGUCAUUUGGCAGGGAUGAAAUCCACAGCUCAAGUUAAUUUCAUGGCUUAUACUUUCAUGAAGUAAACUGUACAUUAAAAAUUAUUGUUGUUGCAGCCAUGCAUGCAUUGUUGGUUCUGGCUUACCCUGGUUCCAAGGAGAAGAUGAAUAUUAAUUUAAUCUCUGUGGGUCCAGUAGCAUGUUUCUACUUCUAUUUGUUUAUACAUACAUUUCUGUACAUGUUAUUUAAAAGAAAAUGUAUAAAACGACAGUUUUUGAUAUGAUUGAUAUUGGAGCAAAUCUCUCUGCCUCCACUAUUUGUGCUAAGGUAUGCUAAACAUGUUCUGGACAUAUGUUCUGUGUGACCAGUACACUGAUAUAUUGAUGUACAUUGAUAUAUCAAACCAGUAUUUUGUGCAGGAGUACACUAGGUUUUGGGGAACUUGUAUGGAAGCAAAAAUUGACCAUAAAGAUUUGAAUCCUAUAAUAAUAAAUCAAAUAUCUAAUUGUGUUUGUUCUUAAUGUUGAAAAUACCUUUGAAUUUACAACACUGAAAUAUUUUUUAUUUCAAGAGACAGUUUAAAGUUAUGCAAAAUAAAAAAAAUAUUGAAAAAUGUUGGUUCUAUCCAGCAUUACCAUAUUUGGCACUUGAGUUUUCCAUAUUCCAGUGUUAUUAUAUUUUUAUAUAUAAUUCAGUGGUAUUAUAUUCAUACAUUUUACAGUGAUGUAUUCAGUCAGUUAUAGAUUCGAAUCUUUUUGGCAGUUAAUUGCCUCCAUAAACUUGUCCCAUAAGUCAGCAUACCCUUUAACUGUUGAAAACACUGACACCAGUCGUCAUGAGUCGCAGCCGGGUUUUCGCUCCACCGUGUUAACACCUUAGCAUGUUAGCACAGAUGUCCAUUUUAUACACUGUGUUGAGUGGUAUUAGAUUCCUGGCUUUAUCUUUAAUGUGAGAAAGUGAGUGUAAAUAGUUUUUCCCAUAAGACCCAGUCAGUAUGAGGAUGCAUUAAUGUUAUCUAGUUGGCAGUGUGUCAAGAGACUAACUUUACAGAACAUACUGCAUGCAAAUGUGGCCAACAUUUUCUUGUUUUGGUUCCUUCCUCUUUCGUUAUAGUUACUAUAAGUGAUGAUGCACAGUGCUGUAAUUGAUAUUUAAGUUACUGAUAGUGAUUAGAUUGUUUUUACUUGUUUAUUUUUUCUGGGAUUUCUGAAAAACACUGCAUGCCUACAACUUAUCCUGCUGGAUGCUUGUUGGCAGAAUUAGACCUCAAAAUGUAUUUGUGUUUUUAUGCUCACAGAAGUUUACUUUAUUUACAGGAUGUUUUUGCUUUUUCAAAACAUGCUACCUAAAUACGUACAUGCAUGUUAGCUGUGCUGAAAUUUAAAGCUGCUUUAAAUGAUUUUUGGAGCUAUAAAGCUGUAAACACCACAAUGACAUAUUAUAUAUUAUAUUACAUACAUUUCUUUAGCUGCUAGAUGCUCCAAUAAGUUAAGCAUCCAGUUGCUAACUGUUUUUGUCUUGUUUGGUGCUGGGCUGGUAGUGAAGAGUGGGCUUUUUCAGAGUUAUCCUGCUGGAACCGGCAGAUGAUGAAAGAGAGUGUGUGGUUUGUUAACCAAAAUAAUCAAAACAUGCCAAAAACUCUAUAUAGAAUUUAGGGGAAAGAUGUCAAUCCAUCACUACUAGAAACCUUUUUUCCAUUACACAUAAUCAGUUGAUACAUCGCUUAGUGCAUCUCUAAAGUUCACACAAGGACAGUAGCUGCUUUCUUGUCUUACAAAACUCUAUCAUCAUCCUGAAGUGAUGAUAGAUUGUUAAGGUGGAAUUGCUUUGGCUGUCUCCUUGAUGACAAACUCUUUAUCUACAAACAUCUUUCCCAUCAUUCCUUUUGUAGAACUUUGUGUCAUGCCUAUGAUUAAUGUGCUAUGGUUUAAAUGUUCUUUUUCAGCUGUUUGCUAUAUGAUGGUGGAGCAUGUCAUGUGGUGAUGAAUUAAUUAUAAUGUUAAAGUUAAAAGUUAAAAAGCACAUUUUCUUUGUAACAUGUAUUAUGGUUGACAGUUAAAUUGGUGUAAAAUCUUUCUUUCACUAUUUUGAUGUACACUGUAUAUGUGUGUGUGUGUGUGUGUGUGUGUGUGUCUGUGUCUGUGUGUGUGUGUGUGUGUGUGUGUGUGUGUGUGUGUCUGUGUGUCUGUGUGUGUGUGUGUGUGUGUGUGUGUGUGUGUGUGUGUGAGUUAGCUAUCAGAGGGGUUCACACAAAAAAAAAAUGUAAUUUAAGUAAAGCCAAGUGAAAUGUUCUUUAUGGUUUAUAAAGUCCCCAGUGGCUACUGCAGAAUCUUUAAUUAUUCUACAAUGUUAACAGUGACUCACCCACAUACUUCUGUACUAUGCACUUUGAAAUGACUUCGAAUGUGUAAUAUAUGUUUUCUUUUUUGGUUAAUUGCAGUGUGUGGAUUGGCUGAUAGUAGUAUCACAGAACUACCCCUGGACAUGCCAGUCUGUGUGUGUGUGCAUGUGUGAGUGUGUGUGUGUGUGUGUGUAUCUAAUUCUGUCAUUAUUAAGCCCUGGAGAGCUGCUGGUUUGUUGUGAAUUAAAUGUGCAGUAAUCACAAAUUUUCAAAUGUAAUGGAUUUUAAAAGUGUUUAUCUGUUUUGUUGCAGAAAGAUGAUGUUUGAUUGUUCGAUGAAAUGUGCCAUGUUCUCUGGUCUGUGGUUUCAUGCAUGCAGUGUAGUGGCUUUCUUAAGUCAAUAAAAAAGCAUUUGUUGAAGAACCUCUCAGUAA